AUGAAGACCUUUGCGACUCUUUUGGCUUCCAUCGGCCUGGUGGCCGCUCACGGCUUUGUUGAUAACGCCACUAUUGGUGGUCAGUUUUAUCAGUUCUACCAGCCGUACCAGGACCCCUAUAUGGGCAGCCCGCCCGAUCGAAUUUCCCGCAAGAUUCCCGGCAACGGCCCCGUCGAAGACGUGACUUCCCUCGACAUCCAGUGCAACGCCGACGCCGCCCCGGCCAAGCUUCAUGCGUCCGCCGCCGCCGGAUCGACCGUCACUUUGCGCUGGACCAUCUGGCCCGACUCGCACGUGGGACCCGUCAUCACCUACAUGGCCCGCUGUCCCGACACGGGGUGCCAGGACUGGACCCCUAGCGCCAGUGAUAAGGUUUGGUUUAAGAUUAAGGAAGGUGGAAGGGAGGGGACUAGCAAUGUUUGGGCUGCUACCCCCCUCAUGACCGCCCCGGCCAACUACGAGUACGCCAUCCCGUCCUGCCUUAAGCCCGGUUACUAUCUGGUUAGGCAUGAGAUCAUUGCGCUGCACAGCGCCUACUCUUAUCCUGGUGCUCAGUUUUACCCGGGAUGCCAUCAGUUGCAGGUUACGGGUUCGGGUACCAAGACGCCCAGCUCGGAACUGGUUAGUUUCCCGGGCGCGUACAAGAGUACUGAUCCGGGGGUCACUUAUAAUGCUUACCAGGCUGCCACUUAUACCAUCCCUGGUCCUGCUGUGUUUACUUGCUAAGUAGGCAGCCAAUCCCCAAAGGAGGCAAGGGAGGCUUGCUUACCACAUUAACUUGUUUCAAUUUGAAUUCCCUUGCACGGAGGUACUUCUACUUUCUACAGAGUCGCUUAAGGCCUGGUUGAAUCAAACGGGUCGCCCUUCAAGUACAUAUCUACACCUUUUCUUAUAUGAAAUGUGCAACUGUCGAUGCUUGUACAUAGGAAACUCAGUUAGCAAUACGAAU